GGCCAGUACUUUCGCUUUGUGUUAAACGACCGAUUAGUUAAUCGCUUUGUUAAACUAACCAAUAUCAAUAAUCAUGAUUAAGCGGUUUCGGUACUUUACACCGUAGUUUAAAUCUUGUUUAGAUAACCAACGAUUAUGUUCGGUUGGUAACAAUGUUUUAACAAAAGUAGUUCAAACGUAUCGUUUAUUUCUUUGUUUAUUUCCUAACAUAACCUCUUCAACAUACGAUUGAUUUGUUAAAAUGGCAAAAAAACGCGAUAGAGGUUGCAAUUUUACAAUCACCGAAGUAGAUUUAUUAAUGAAAUGUGCUCUGCAAGAGUCUAAAAUAAUAGAAAAUAAAUUAACCGAUGGAGGAAGCUUAAGAGAAAAACAGAGUGCAUGGGCGAGAGUUGGAAAGUUAUUUGACAGUGCGAAUUCUGAAACGAAGCGUGAUGUUAACGCGUUGAAGAUGAAAUAUGAAAAUAUAAAAAGAAAUCUCAAAAAGAAAAUAGCGCUUUCAAAACAGAAUUACAGGGGCACUGGAGGUGGCCCACCCAUUGACGUGAAGUUAUUGUGGUAUGAAGAGCAAUUGUACUCAAUUUUACAAUUAAGUAUAGAAGGUCUUACCUCAACAGGUGAUUCGGACACAAUAGUUGUAAACGAGACAAAAUUAAUCGACAUAAAUGGUGUAGGAGAGCUUCCUGAAGAAAAUACUGAGAUUGUAUUUUCAGAUGUUUACAUGGAAAAUGAAUCGUCAUUGACACAAGCAAUGGUUAUCGUGCCUGCUGGCUUGACCUCUAGUGGCAUACAACCAGAGGUACAACCUGUAACUGACGAUCCAACUAAUACAAGACCAGUACAUGUUGAAAAUACUACUACACCACAGCCCACAAAGUCCUGGAACUUGAAACGUAAAAGAACUGUUACCUCUGAUGAAAAACAGAACAGCCUCAAGGGUUUUCAGGAUUUGGCUUUCCAAAAAACAGAAUUAGCUAAAAUUCAAGAGGAAUGUUACAAAAUAGAAAAGAACAUUAAGCUUGAUGCAGCACUUAAGCAGCAAAAUAAAACAAAGCAAGAGAAAGAGCUAGCAGAUAUUGAGAUGAACAUUAAACAAGAGCAAUUACAGGCCAUAAUUGAGGAGAGAACAAGAAAAAAAGAAUUGCAUGCCUUAGCUGUGGAAGAACAACAGUUAAAAAUCGAUAUAUUAAAAUGUGAAUUGAAUUCCAAGCUAAAAGAUUUAAAAAGUGUAACAUAGAAGGCUCACUUUAUUUUUAUUUAAACUGUAUACUUACAGAUAUUCUUACAUUUAUAUUUAAGUAGUAAACUAGACUUAAUUUAGAAAUCUAUAUGUUUCUUUUAAUUAUAAUAAUAAAAAAAUA